GAAACAGCGUCGCGAGCUGGGCUUGAGACGCUUUUGGUCAGCCGUGAAGUCUUCCAAUAGCAGUUCGAGUUCGCAGUGCGACCAAGGUGUCGCUGACGAUUCUCCGGUGGACGAUGCGAAGCCAGGACCACACUGCUCUCUUCCAUUGCUCCAGGUAUGGCCGAGUUCCGACAGCCCACGCGGCGAGGCAGACGGACAAAGUUUCGUGUUCCCGGCAUGCGCCGAGGACGCGACUUCGCAAAUCUCCACCUGCUUGGAUACAAUCAAUCACCAUGACUCCGGCAUCGAUUCUAACCAGGUUUCCCCACUGCCUUCAUCCACAGCGGGUGGUUCAACGCUUCCGAUGUCCCCGUUGGCUACCCCUGUACAAUCUCCCACUCCAAGGAGGCCCUCCUGUUCGUUCCUGCAUCCUGAUCACGCCAGGUUGUUUAGGCUCCAUCCACCUUCAUCGCCUGUGCACAGUUCUACAGAGGAUAUGUCCGAAAGCAACGAUAAGAAUUAUGCCUUUAGUAGUCAGCACAACAACCACGUUCCAACGCCUUCGUCUUCAACAACGUCAUCACUGGCUUCGAUAGCUGCCGCAGCUGCCAACUGUAACUCCAGAACUAGCGAUAGUUGUUCUGAUGGUCGCAGAAGAUCAUCCACAAUGACUGCUAGGUACUCCCUAUUCGACACGAUAGAUCUAGAAUACGCUCUACUUAGAGCGGCGGCGAGAGGCAGCGUCGGCCCUUACUCCCUGUCCGAGAGUUUACACAAGUUGACCUUCACUCAAAGUCUCGCCUUUCCAGCACUGGCCAGGGGAUUGGCAGGGAAGAGGAGUAGGUCCCAACAAACGGGGCAUCGGAGACCUCUCAAUCCUUCGGAGAGUGGAAUUAACAGUUUUGCUAAGGUGGUAACAGCCUUAGUGCUUGUGUUAGUGAGCAUUUUGGUAUUCGCCGUAGUGUAUAAAUUCGUAAGGACGUGAGGGUUACUGUUGGCCCCCAAUAAAAUUGGAGGCAGGAACGCUACUUUGAUUACUGGGAGGGGAAUCACGUAGUGCGGUGACUCUGUUACUGUGUAUGUAAAAAGUAUCUAUAAGAUCUUCUGUUGCUGUUUUGAUGUGGGUGUAAUUGGAAAGAAGAACCGCGAAAUGUAGCAUGUCGAUAAGACUAGUGAAUUUGUGCAGUAUUAAAUACUCAUAACGCAGAGAUAAUCUGUGAGAAUUUCGCUCACAUAUUUUUUAAAAUGUCGAUCUAUUAGAAAAUGUUGAUACGUGCACCAUAAUUUCGAUUCGCACCAAUCAGAAAACGUUAUACAUCCACCAAAUUUUUGAAUUCUAGACCAAUCCGAAAAUAUACCUCAUCCACCAAUCCAAGUAUGAUCAGAAAACGUGGCACUCACCAUAUUUUCAAAUUCUACUGUCUAAAUACCUUUAGGAGUUACACUUGAAUACCUUAUUCCAGAGUAUGAACGCAAGCACUCAACGAGGAUAUGGUGCCUUGUGGAAUACUUAUGCUAAUACUGUGGAAUAGUGUAUACAAAAAUCAAGUGUAAUUAAUGAAAAUAUUUUAAGGUUGUGGAAUUUACAUAUAUGGUGGAUGUGUCGCGUUUUUUUUUUCGAUUACACUUGGACUGUUAACAAUGGUGGAUGAGCUAUGUUUUCUUAUUAUCGUCAACAUUAAGAAAUAUGUUGGAUGUGCAACGUUUUCUCAUUGGUUCAAACUGAAAUUAUGUUGGAUGUACUAACUUAACGCAGCGGGGUUGUCAGACUUCGCCUUUGGAAACAUUAUUUCUAGAUCAAGUUUCGUAUGUUGAUUGAAAAAACCUGUGCAAAUUCACCACUUAGCUACAUAGUUCGCAUACGCAGCUUUCCAGAUUUUUUAAUGUUAUUUUUUUACUAUAUACCUGUAACUUUCGUAGCAAUAGACGUUAAACAGUACAUAACUACGCGACACCUUAGAUGCGACAAUUUUGUAAAGUGGAAUUGAUUGAAAUAUAUAUUAGAAUGUUGAACUUGUGAAAAUUGUUACACAUAAAGAAGAGAUUUAAAGUCAGUGUUGAAUUUCUACAAAGUGCUGUUGACUUAUUAACGAUAUAUGGUAAUUAAGAAAUAGAUACAUACAUAUAUGUAAGUAUAUUUUCAAACAGAUUAUUUCUCUACUGUUAUUCGUAUUGCAGGUCAUACUUUUCUGGUGGUCCGCUUCACAUGGGCGCCUGCAGGGGUCAGAGGGUCAUAGUCCUUCUUAGAAUCUGCGUGGAUUUUAAAAUUCAAAUGAGUCAAGUACCUCCGCAUUUCAAAAAGUUUUAAAGGCAGGUACUCUUUCACGACAGGUUAUCUCUUGUCGAUGAUCGGACCCCAGAGAAAAAUUCCUGCGGGCGCCCAUGAUCCUCGCACACAAAAAUCUAAACAUUCUUAGCAGUUAGAAACUUUAUGACCCAUCAAUACAAUUUUCCCAAUAACUUUGUGCUAUAGUGCACACAAAUAUUCCAAAAGUAUUUUUUAAAUAACUCCUUGAAUAUUAUUAAUUAUUAUGUUCAGAGAUUGUACUAUUCGUCAAAGCAGUUCUGUGAUAUUCCAAAAAAUAGCAAGCCCUGAGAUUUUGCGCAUAAGCUGAAUAAUUUCCAGGUUUAUCUGUAUAACAAUUACCUUUAUAAUUUCUAAUAGAUUUAUUGUUCAACAGAUCAGAUGGAAACAUAAUAUGAGUUAUCUUAAUUAUUAAAACAAAUUUUUGUAGGAUUACAUUCAAAUAGUGGGUGGCAAUCUUUUUGUACAUAAACAUACAAAUGACCGUACAUGCACUAGAGUGCUAAGCUGGUUGACUAUAUAUUUUUAAUUUUUGAGGCAGCUCCCAGCCUCUAAACUAAAUGAAGCUUCAUACUUUUUAUUUAGACGUAUCAACCUAUAUGGAUUUCCCGUCAAUAAUUUUUUCUUCUGAUCUGUGAAAAAAUCAUUCCAGUAUUUACUGGGUGCCUCUACACAUUGUCACUAUUAUCAACAUGAUUUUUCAACAAGUAACAUCUUUCAAGAAGAAAUCGACAAUCGAUAGCAUUCGUACUUCAAAAUAAAGUUCUUGUCAGAAACGUGAAUAUUUGUGUUGUACAUUCACGUUCCUCAUUCGCCUAUAAUUAUGGAAAAUUGAAAGAUGUAAUUUGUUCAAAAUAUAUACGAAAACGACUAUGAUGUUCUAUUUUUUAGGACGACUAAUUAUGAUAGGAU